AUGGAGACUAACAGCUACACCUCAGGUCUAGCCACCACUGACUGGACUGGGACGGUGGCCGGCCUGGAGGGAAUGGGACUUCUUCAGGAGCAGGGAGGAGGGGGCUUGCCCAGUGGCCCGGCGUCCUGGUACACGCCGUACUCGCUGUCCUUCCAAGUGUCACUCACCGCCUUCCUCAUGCUGGAGCUGGUGUUGGGUUUCAGCAGCAACCUGACUGUGCUGGUGCUCUACUGCUCUCAAUCCAAUUUAGUGGACUCGGUGAGCAAUAUGGUGACUGUGAAUCUGCAUGUGCUGGAUGUGGCAGUGUGUGUGCUGUGUCUGCCCCUCACUCUGGUGGUUGUACUGCUUCCUCCAGGACCAAACAUGCCCCUGCUCUGCUGCUUCCACGAGGCCGGUGUAUCCUUUGCAAGCAUAGCCACAGCCAUCAACAUCCUGGUCAUCAGCUUGGACCGAUAUGACAUCUCAGUGCGACCAGCCAACAGGUUGCUGACCACACGUAGAGCAACGCUGCUCCUUGCUGCAGUUUGGAUCACCUCGGUAGCUGUUUGUUUUAUCCCAUUCUUGGAGGUGCAGUGGUCCAGUGGAGAAGGAGCUGAGGAAAGAGGGCAGGUGACAUCCUUGUCGUUGUCCACACAUGGUGUCAGUGCUGCAGUGGUGCCAGCGUGGCGUAACCAGACACUGCUGUGCUUCGGCGGGCAGGGCUUCCACACAGGUGUGGCUAUGUACUAUCACCUUAUUCUGCAGGUGCCCAUCUUCUUCACCACAGUGGCAGUCAUGCUCUUUACCUACUCCAGAAUACUGAGAGCUUUAAACAUCCGCAUUGGCUCCCACAUGAAGAAGGGCCAGCGGUUCAGGGACACCUCUUGCAGGGGGACCCACAGGAGAGAGAAGAAAAAGAAGGCGGCGCUCAGAACCAAUGAUGGGGGGCAGGUAGUAGGGGAGCGAUGCACCACAGAUUGUACCAAACAGCUCUGCCACCCUCCCCUAAUUCCUUCCCCCUCCCCCACAGCCACAGCCACCUCACCCCCUGCCCUGUCCUCCGCCCCACUCGUCGCCUCUGACACAGGUGCUGCGACCGCCAUGCCCCCCACCCUGGGCGUCCAGGCCUCCGUGUCUGCCAUCAUUGCCCUGAGAAGGGCAGUGCGGCGACACAGGGAUCGGCGAGAGCGACAGAGGCGGGUGUUCAGGAUGUCCCUCAUCAUUAUCACCACGUUCCUGGGCUGCUGGGCUCCCCUCUCUGUGACCAACAUACUAAUCUUGGGUAUAGGCCCCAGUGACGCCCUGGUCAGCCUACGCCUCUGGUUCAUAGCCCUGGCGUACGGCACCACCGUCUCCCACCCUCUGCUCUACGCCUUCACCCGACAGAAGCUGCGCCGUGCCCUCCGUGCUAAGGUCAAGAAAAGGGUGGUGUCCCUGCUCCAGGUAGACCCCUCACCAGGGGGCACGGUCAUACACAACUCCUGGGUAGAGAACAAAAAAACCAGCCGGCAAGUGCGGCUGGAAGCAAGCAAAGGUACUGGCCGCUGCCUGGCAGAGGUCCUGUGA